AUGAAGGUUGAGAAGGAGGACAACGGUGCGAGCCAGAUUGAGUGGAAGGCGACCCGGUGCUCACGCACGCGCUCGUUUGUGUGCGAGCGUGCUGGUGAGGCUGACGGCAGCACGACGACGCUUGCGGCAACGACGGGCGCUGCAACGACGGGCGCUGCAACGACGGGCGCUACAACGACGGGCGCUGGCAGCACUGGCGGCACCACGACGCUGCCUGACACAACGGAGCCUUCCCUGACCACGACGUCGACUGAGAACGAGGACGACGACGACGAUGACGAGGAGGAGAACGAGAGCACGAGCACGAGCACGGCGACAUCUGGCGCUAGCACGACGACAGCGAGCAACGGCGGCACCAUUGCGCCCACUGGGUGGGUGGCACACGGCGGCCAGGAGUACCAGCUGUUUGGCGACGGCGACGCCAACUUUGACGAGGCAGUCGCCUUCUGCGAGAACGAGGGCGGCUCACUUGCGUCUGUGGGGUCUGCGUCUGAGCACGAGUUUGUUGCUGAGCUUGUUGCUGUGCAGAGCGAGGGCCGCCGCGGGAACGACCGUGUGUGGAUUGGCGGCGUGGUUGAUGGCGACACGCAGGAGCUGACGUGGGUUGACGGAAGCGAUGCUUUUGACUUUGGGUAUCCUUGGGAUGAGCCUGAGGAUGUGUGGGGUGCCCGGCGCCCGGCAUGUGUUGAGAUGAAGGAUGAGAAGGAGGACAACGGUGCGAGCCAGAUUGAGUGGAAGGCGACCCCGCGUGCUGCUGAGGCUGACGGCAGCUCGACGACGCGCGCGGCAACGACGGGCGCUACAACGACGGGCGCUGGCAGCACUGGCGGCACCACGACGCUGCCUGACACAACGGAGCCUUCCCUGACCACGACGUCGACUGAGAACGAGGACGACGACGACGAUGACGAGGAGGAGAACGAGAGCACGAGCACGAGCACGGCGACAUCUGGCGCUAGCACGACGACAGCGAGCAACGGCGGCACCAUUGCGCCCACUGGGUGGGUGGCACACGGCGGCCAGGAGUACCAGCUGUUUGGCGACGGCGACGCCAACUUUGACGAGGCAGUCGCCUUCUGCGAGAACGAGGGCGGCUCACUUGCGUCUGUGGGGUCUGCGUCUGAGCACGAGUUUGUUGCUGAGCUUGUUGCUGUGCAGAGCGAGGGCCGCCGCGGGAACGACCGUGUGUGGAUUGGCGGCGUGGUUGAUGGCGACACGCAGGAGCUGACGUGGGUUGACGGAAGCGAUGCUUUUGACUUUGGGUAUCCUUGGGAUGAGCCUGAGGAUGUGUGGGGUGGCCGGCGCCCGGGAUGUGUUGAGAUGAAGGUUGAGAAGGAGGACAACGGUGCGAGCGAGAUUGAGUGGAAGGCGACCCGGUGCUCACGCACGCGCUCGUUUGUGUGCGAGCGUGGUCUGGCUUGAAGCUGAAUCAGCCGUGCACAGUUGAUCUGUGCUUUGCGUUGGCGUGCUUGUGUGUUUGUCUGCAUGUUUGGCUGGUUGUUACAGUUGUGAUUGUGUUGUUUCUCUGGGCCCAAGGGGCCAAUGUGGUUGUGACGUGCAAUCAAGGCAAUGCUGCUUUGUUUGGCGCCAUGUUGUUUCUCUGCGUUUCUUUUCCAACUUUCACUGUGUGGUAUGAUUGUGGUGUCCACAUGGGCAGCAAGUACACAUAUCAAUCAAAUGCAA